AUGGGCUACCCGACCGUCAACAAAGCGCUUCGCUUCGAAGGACUUCCCGGUUCAGAUCUGAAAAUCGUUGAGAAAGAUGUACUCCCUCUACCUCCAAACCAGAUCCUAGUCAAGGUCCAUGCCGCAUCAAUCAAUCCGUGUGAUAUCCAGCUAUGGAGAUCGGGCUUGGUAGCUGUCGUUGCAGGGGAUAAAGGGAUGGGAAAAGACUUCUCUGGGACAGUAGUAUCAGUUGGAAAGAACGUGACCGGAUGGGCGGAAGGAGACGAGAUAUACGGGUUACUAUUUCACAUUUUUGGUCAAGGGAGCUUCAGCGAAUAUAUCAAUGUCGACCCAGCGUCGGAUCCGAUAGCUAGGAAACCCGCUGCCUUGACCCACGAGGAGGCUGCUUCGAUCCCUCUAGUUGCUCUGACCGCUUAUGCUUGUCUCGAGUGGCUCCCAACUCCGUCGCCUACGCAGAGAAGGAUUGUCGUUCGCGGGGCAUCUGGAGGAACAGGCUCUUGGCUCGUCCAGCUUGCCAAGGCCGUCUACGACUGCCAUGUCACAGCAAUAUGCUCCAGCAAGAACUCUUCAUACGUGGAGUCUCUCGGCGCCGAUUUGGUGGUUGACUACACCACUCAAGACAUCUCAACGGCCCUUAUCACAAGUCUUUCCACUGACAAGAAAUACGACUUGGUCGUCGAUUGCGUUGGCGGUACUGAACUGAUUCCCAUCUAUGAACGACUUCUCCACCCUCUUGGCGCCUACCUGACCAUAGUCGGCGACAAGAGCGACGUUCGAAUCCUCGGCGGCCCCAUCACUUACUUUACAAACCCAGCCCAAGUGAUUCGCUACAUAAAAGGCUAUAUCUGGGGUCCACGUUACGCAUGUGUGUCCUUCGUAGAGAAGAGCGAGUAUCUCCAGCAAAUAUCCCGACUCAUCGAGACAGGCGAGCUGAAGGUUUCGAAUAUUGAGGUCUUGGAAGGGGCUUUUGACGAGCGAGAGGCGUGGAGAACGGCUGUUGAAGCUAUGCAGAGUAUGAGGGUUAGAGGGAAAGUGGUACUCGCUAUCCCAUGA